AUAUUUCAAAAAUGCCUUUUUGGUAGAUAUGCAUCUUAUAGUUGGUAUUGAAUUACAUACACAAUGAGUUCUAUUAUCAAUACCACACUCGUAAUCAAAACACUAAAAAAGCUAGGCACAAAGGCGCGCACUGUACGCGCAUAUAUUGCGUACAACGAAACACAAACACUAUGAAGUUUUAAUGCGUGACGCAAGCACCUGCUAUCACAAAUCGGGAAUGUGGUGGUGAAUGGUACCAUGGUGAAAGCAACCAGUUCAAAACAGUACCAUCGGUAAGAUGGACGUGCCAAAUGAUUUGCCUUUCGAAUCUGUAACAAAUUAUCUUUCACAAGACGAUUUACACUCGGUUUGGCACAAUUAUUCGGCUUUCAAGAAUGGCACACAAGAAGGAAAUUUCCCACGUCCUUUAAACGUGUCUGCUCGGAUAUGUCCAUUCGGUAAAAAUCGUGCCGGAUAUCUUGGAGACCAUUUCCUGCUGGAAUUAGCUGCUGAUCAAUCGGAUCAUCGUGUGGCGUUCUUUUUGAAAGCCACACCAACCACUAUUCCGGCACUGUCCAGCUACCUGGCAGCAAUAGGAACAUCCACCAAGGAAUCGAAAGUGUACAGUGAACUGUUUCCUAAACUGAGACAAUUUUCUCGUUUUGCUCCACAUUGUUUUCUAUCGGGCAAAGUGUUGGUAUUGGAGAAUUUGGCACAACAAGGCUUUCAAACAAUUCCCAGCGCAGCGUCAGGAGUGCUUGACGAGGCACAUUUAAUGUGUGCCCUUGCUGCGUUAGCAAAGUUUCAUUCGGCAACACUACUCUGUGAGCAAGAGCAGGGCGCAACUUUACCGGUGCAAUUUCCCGGAAUAUUGGACGAAAAUGCGUGGAUUAAAAGGGCAAACAAUCCGCGAAUAGAGGAGCUCAAUAAUGCGAUUGAUAUUUUACUUGCAUUCGUGAGUACGAUUGUAAAGGAUGACGCACGAUUGAACGUGAUCUUGCCGAAAGUUCCUUCGUUUGUGUUGGAAAUUUAUGAGCUUGUGAAACCUUCGACUAAGUUUAAGAAUGUGGCCUGUCACGGUGAUCUGUGGUGCAGUAAUAUGAUGUUCCGUUAUGCUGAUAAAACAAAUGACCGCCGAUUGCCAGUGGAGUGUUUAUUAAUUGACUUCCAGUUUACGCGUUAUGCGCCACCAGCAUACGAUGUAAACAUGCUGAUAACUCUCUCAACCACUGGUGAAUUUCGGCAGAAGCACUACGAUAAGCUAACACGACACUAUUACCAAUGCUUGGUAGCGGAAUUGAAACAACAUCCAACAGUGUGUGCCGAAGUCGACGCUUUAUACCCGAAGGAAAUGUUUUUCGAGUCCUGUGAACUAUACAAAACAUCUGGAUUGAUAGAGAAUUUCCUCAUGAAUCACGUUACAUUGCUGCCGCGUAGUUACAUCGACACAAUAUUUUCCUCGCCGGAGUGUUACGAAAGUUUUAGUGGCGAAGAGAAAAUGAAAAUGUGUUUAGAAGUGUUCCAGAAUGAUAGCGCUUAUCGUAGCAGAAUGACGGGAAUCGUACAGGAUUUGAUUGAAGCGUUGUAAGAGGCCGUUUAAUUGAAGGAAAGAAAGGAAAAUAUAGGAGAAAGGUAAUAGGAAAAUAUAUAUAAUUAGAAUUUAAAAAAAAACUUCAAGAUUAAACGUUAAAGCUUCAUUACAUUAA